AACACGAUCACGCGACGAUUAGCCAAAUCAAAUCAAUCAUCGCGAUUCUGAGUCCUAAUCCGGACGUCGCCACCGUCGCCGGCUGUAGGUCCCCUUCAAUCCCCGAUGGAGCCCUCGCCAUCCUCCUCCUCGCCGGCGGCGGAGCGCCGGCGGUCGCCGGAGGUGAGGAGGGUGCGGAAGCGGGCGCUGGAGGAGGUGCUGGAGCAGGUCCAGCGGGCGGUCGAGAUGCUGCGCGAUGCCGACGCUGAUCUCGGCACGUCCCUCUCGGAGGACACCGCAGCGGCGCCGCCGGAGGGUGAGGACCGCAAGGCCGGUGUCGGUGACGAUGCAGAUGACGCGGCGUCGUCGUCGGUGGCGAGUGACUCCGACUACGAGACGACCCAGAUGUGUGACCUUCUUAAAUCUAAGGUUGAAUCACUUGAGUUCCUUAAAAAGCUCGAUGGUAUUCAGAAGUCAGUAUAUCAAGAUGGCACAGUUGAACCUGAUGUAUCAUGGGAUAUAAUAAAGGCAGUGGAUUUGUGGGAAGAUGAUGACCCAGAUGAUGGGUAUGUUCUUGUUAAGCAGGAGGAUAUAGUUGAUGGGAUUACGUCCUUUAUGGCCGCAUACUUGUUAUCGCUCAAAAAGACUAAGGACUUGUCUCCUGAUCAACUUCAGAAAGCACUUCGGAAGACAUUUUCAGCUGAAAAGAAGAAAAGUAGAAUCAGGAAGGCCUGGGAUGGGACUAAAGUCAUUUAUAAUGUUGCUUCAUGGGGUGCUACAGCUGUUGGCGUCUACAAUAACCGAGCAUUGCUUACGGUCGCAACUACAGCCUUUCGGACGUCCUGCCGUGUGAUAUCCAAGUUUCUAUGAAUAUUGCGUCAACAGCUAUGUUGCAAUUACUUGCGUGUGAUUCCCAUUGUUCAGGUAGAGGGUAACACAAAACUUGAAAUCAUUUGUUCAGUCCGUUCUGAUGCUGGAAAUCUGUGUUGCCGGGCGAGAUAAUGAUUUGUAGUACCACUGUUAUAUUUAGCAUUUGUAUCGCUCGACUGUAAAUAUUCCAUUCGUUUUUCAAUAAAACUGUGUUUAUGCCAGAAUAACUCAAUAUGCCCGAGUUAUUCAGAAA